AUGGCUUCUUGUAACCCUUGGGCUCCAAAGAAUUACAGACACCUGAUCAAAUUUUUAUUUUAUAGAACAGGAGAACAAGAACACUAUUUGAAGUGGUUCAAAUCACAGAACUUUCGUACUUUCGGUGAAAACUAUCCAGAAUUCUUCGAAGGAGGAGGCGAUGCCGUCUUCUCGGACCCAAGAACACUUUGGGCCGGUUAUGGACCACGAUCUGCUAAAGGGGUAUACGAUAGAAUCAAAGUGCUUGGAGACUUCGAGACGGUGAUCUGUGAGCUGAUCCAUCCCAGCUUCUAUCACUUGGAUACCUGCUUCGCCCCAGUUGACGAAACCACCGCCCUUUGGUACCCACCGGCGUUCUCAGACAACGCUAAAAAGGAGAUUAUGCGACGAAUGCCACAUUCCAUCGCCGUUUCCGACGAAGAGGCGAAUGCGUUCGUCUGCAAUGCCAUCACCAUCCGGAACACGGUCAUCUCCCCCGUAGGAGUGAAGUCCGCCACUCGGAAAGCGCUCAAAGGCCGCCGAAUGGCCGUUGUUGAGGUGGACAUGAGCGAGUUCAUGAAGAGUGGUGGUGCUUGCCAGUGCCUCGUUCUUCGAUUGUGA